UCAAUAUGCAAGUAUUUUCCAAGGAUUUAUCGUUGCGAAUGCCAUGAUGGUUAUGCCGGUGAUGGAAUGACUUGUGUGAAAAUUCAUAGCGGAUCAUCACCGCGGGAAGGAGAACAAGCUUAUCCAAAGCAGUGUCGUGAUUCGACUGAUUGUCAUCAGUACGGCCAUUGUGUGGUCGGCAGCGAUUCCAAAUACGUUUGUGAAUGUCUUCCCGGAUACCGAGGAGAUGGCAUUCAACAUUGUGUUGUGGCAGAUCGGUGCAAUCCAGCUGAUCCUUCCGCAUGUGCUCAAAAUGCUGAGUGUAUUUAUGAAGAAGUGGAACGAGCAUAUGUUUGCAAGUGUGUUAGAGGAUUCACCGGAGACGGUGUGCACUGUAUUCCUCACGCUAGGCCCCAAACCUGCCAAGAGGAGCCUCGACUCUGUCAUGCAAACGCUCAAUGUGUCUACAACAGUGGUUCCAACACAUAUGUUUGUAUUUGUAAACCUGGAACAAGACACCUCGCUGCUCAAACUGCUCGUCGAAUGCUCACUGCGUCCAGUCUCCACAGACUGGUGGAUGGCAAUGCCGGUGCAAUCCAGGAUAUCAUGGAAACGGACAUCUUUGUGUAG